AUGCCUCCCAAGGGCCCCAAACCUACCAGCGACGAGCUUUUAGCUCAGUUUGAUGACCUCGGUCUCAAUGAGUCGGGCAGCAAACCCUCCAAACCCAUAGCUGCUUCUGAGGCUGCUCCGGGCGGACAGGAGGACAUUCUGGCCGAGCUGGAUCAUCUAGCCACACAACGUCCAGCCAGUGGACCAGGUACUCCACGUCUAUCUUCCGAUAAGCCUAGAACAUCCACACGGUCUCCCCGACCAAGCACCACCACCGAUCGACCGACCGAGGACAAGGCGCCGGUCCGCCAGUCUGAGGAGACAACCCGGUCUUCGCGCGCAGAAGUCAAGCCCGAGCAGCCUAAGCCUGAGCCUCAAAGUGUCCCUGCACAGCAACCAUCUGAGGAAGGCGGCGGCUGGUGGGGUGGAUGGUCGGGAGGACUUUUUGCAACUGCCACUGCGGCUAUGAAGCAGGCCGAGGCGGCAGUGAAGGAAAUCCAGAACAAUGAGGAGGCACAGAAAUGGGCCCAGCAAGUCAAGGGCAAUGUUGGAGCCCUCCGGGAUCUUGGUGGCGAGCUUCGCGAUAGGGCAAUCCCGACAUUUACCAACCUCAUCCACACUCUUGCACCUCCUAUUUCUUCGCAUGAACGUCUUCAAAUUCAUGUGACUCACGAUAUGUCCGGCUACCCGGGCAUCGACCCGCUGGUCUAUGCGGUAUUCUCGCGAGUGAUGUCCCAGGUUGAGGGUGGUGACCUGCUAGUGAUCCAGCGGGGCCAGGAAUCAUCACCAAAGCGUGGGAUUGAUGUCACCGGAUAUAUGACUAGUGCCGGACGGAAUGACGGGCCCUGGUGGCGGACAGUCACACCUGGACAACCGCGGAGCAUCUCCGCCGUGCGGGGUACCGUGGAAGGCUCGAAGCUGGCUCGUGCUAGUGCGGAGUCUUAUGCUACCGAGUACUUCUCAUCUCGAGGAGGAGUCGAAGAAGCGGCGAAGCAUGCUUCUGAGGUUCUGAAUGAAUCGAAUCCAGUCCGCAGCAGCGAUAUCUUCUUGGCUAUCCAAGCUAUCAGCCAGACUACUUCUAAGGACCUUUUCCAGGCUGGUGCGACAGGCGAGAAGGCUGCUGAUGGUGCAGUGGAUCCUGAUACCGAAGAAGAGGAGAUCUCAUUUGCUCUUUACCUUCACGACCCCAUCCAUGGCAUUGCGUUCCAUGCUAUUUCCCAAAGCAUCCCACAAACAUGGAUUGAAUGGCUCGAUGCCUCGGUUCCCGCUCCUGAGAACCCCGACGAUGAGGAUGCGCAUGUCCAGCGCAUUGUGGUUCCUGAAGCUAUCGCCGAGAUCAUCGAGAGUGGCGGCGUUGAUCCUCGCGAAUGGGUUUCAGAGUGGAUUGAGGAGACCCUUUCGCUCGCUGCUGGUGUCAUUGCGCAGCGAUAUGUGGCCCGCCGAAUGGGCGUCGGUGAGGGUGGUGUUGGCAAGGGCAAGAUGCGAGCCGAGCAGGCCUCGACUGUGGAUAGCGGCGCAGGAGAAGCUGCACGCGCUCUUUAA